UCAGCUCUCGAGGUGCAAUCCAUGCGUAAUUCAUGCGCUUAGUUUAUUUAGGCAGGAAAAAUGUCUUUGAAAAAAAUUACAAAUUUAUGUUGAUAAUGAUUUAUGGAUGUUCGACAUAACUGAAUGUCGAAUUUCAAGCGGCAAUAACUGACAAAAAAAAGGGAAUGAACCAAUGCGCUCAUGUAAUACGCUAUCAUCUCAUGCGGUUCAUGCGUGUAACGGAACGUAGUUCAUAGUUCAUAGUUCCAUGGGCUCAAUUAUAGAUGUGGUGGCGAUAGUAUACGGCGAUUUUACAGUGUCACGAAAAAGGCCAGAAUAGCCGCUCCAAAUUUCUCUCUGACAUUAGUUUCAUCAUCUGACAUAGUUUCAAGUAACGUGGGAAAUUAUUUGCUAUUAUCCAUUGUAAUUUAAACUGAUCGAAUUUAUUAUCAUUGAUGAUUAUUUAGCAAUUGAGGGUUAUGUUGACGAGUACAACAUAUGAAAAUAAUACAUAUUGAAACGUGAAUACUAAGAAAUUGAGUUUUCAUAUUUGAUUUUUAUAUGAUAAAAUUUAUAUUAUUGUUAUGCAAAGUUACAAAAUGAAUAAAGCUAAGAAAAAUAGUUUAGCUGAACCUAUGCAACAAAAAAACAAGAAACAGUUAAAUCCAUUUGAAAUACAUAUUAAUAGAAAUAAGCAGAAAGUAUUAGGUCAGAAGAGUAAGAAUGAUUGUGGACUUCCAGGAGUUUCAAGAGCAAAAGCUAUUAAUAAACGUAAAAAGAGUCUUCUUCAAGAAUAUAAAUUACAAAAUAAAGAUAAUAUUUUCUUAGACAAACGUAUAGGUGAAAAAAAUUAUGCCAUGAGUACAGAAGAAAAAACAUUAGCUAGAUUUGCUACAGAACGUAUAAAAGCUUAUAAAAAGAAGAGUAUUUUUAAUUUGAAUGAUGAAAUAUUGACACAUAGAGGACAAACUCUAGAAGAAAUUGAGAAAUUUGAUGAUCCUAGAAGUGAUGAUGAAUUUAGUGAUAAUGAGGAUGUUAGUGGCAAGUUAGAUAAAAAUUUUAUAGAAAAAGCUCAUUUUGGUGGAGGCAUUUUGUCAAGAACAGAUUUUACAUUAACCAGGAAAGAUUUAAUUGAUCAACUCAUUGCAGAAUCAAAAAAAAGGAAGGCAGAGAAACAAAAAAUACGCGAACAAACAAUAGAUCUCACAGAGAAACUUGAUUCCGAAUGGAGAGAUCUUUUACCUAUUAUGUCUGCUUCCAAAAUGUCAAUAGAAGAUAUUGAAACAAUGAAAACUGAUACAUAUGAUAUUGCUGUACAACAAUUAAAAUUUGAAGCCAGAGGUAAUCCAUCUGAGAAAUUGAAGUCAGAGGAAAAAAUUAUUCAAGAAGAAAAAGAAAAGUUGGAAAGACUCGAAGCUAACAGAUUGAUAAGAAUGAAAGGAUUUAUAUGUGAUAUUAGUAAUCAAUAUAAACAUAAAUCUGCAGAUGAUCUUGAGGAUGGUUUUAUGAUGGAAAUUAUUAAAGAUAAUGAUGCUCCUGGUUUAAUUGAUAAUAUUAAUGAUAAUGAUCAAGUUGAGAAUAAUAAACAAGAGAAAAAUAAAUUAGGAAAUUCUGUUAUAAAAAAAAUAAUUGAAAAUGAACAAACAGGAAAAAAAGAUAGUAAAAAUAAGAAAAAAAUAUAUUCAGAAUUAUCUGAUGCUGAAAAUAAAUCUAAUUCAGAUAAUAAAGAUUCAGAAAUUGAGAAUUCAAAUCAUGAAGAAUCUAAAGAUAAUUUCUCAGAUUUAAAAAUAUUUGGAUCAUCUAUUGAAGAUGAAAGUAAAGUGUAUAUUGAAAGAGAAAACGAAAAAUAUGGUACAUUCAAUAAUGUGACUAAUAUUAAACAUACAAGUCAAUCAGAUAAGAUUCGUAAAUUAAUAUUGAAACAAAAUGAUAAUAUACAAAAUUCAUCUGACCAGGGUAAACAGCAGAUUAGACAUGAUUUCCUGAAUCAAAAAGAACAUACGAAAAUGAUACAAAAAGCAUUACCCUGUAUAUAUAAUGCUCCAGAAAGUUUCCAAGAAUUAAAAAAAUUAUUAGAACCUUAUAGUGUAGAUUAUCAAUCGAUGAUUGUAGAUCGUAUUAUAAAAUGCAAUCAUUGGACAUCAGAUAGCAAAAACAAAGAAAAAUUAUCAAAUUUAUUUUUAUAUUUGCUACAAUAUAUAAAUAAUUGUGCUACCACGGAGAAUGCUAAUGAUUUAAUCAAAUGCUUCCAAAUCUUUGAUAGAUUAUGUCCAUACCUUUAUGAUCUAGCACAUAUGAACCCAACAAAUGCUAAAACUUGUUUACAAGAAGUUAUCAAGGAAAAAUAUUAUAAAUUUGAAAAAAACAAGACAGAAUAUCCUGGUGUGGACACGCUUAUAUUUUUUAAAUUAAUAUCCUUGUUGUUUCCAACAUCUGACUUCAGGCAUCCUGUUGUUACUCCUUGUUUAAUAUUUAUGUCACAAAUAAUAAUGAAAGCUCAUAUCAAGAAAUAUCGGAGUGAUAUUUCAAAAGGUCUUUUUAUAUGUACUCUUAUUUUGGAAUAUACAUUAUUAAGCAAGCGAUUUGCACCAUCUGUAAUUAAUUUUUUACAUGGCAUUAUUUAUAUAGCAACACCUGCAAAUUUAACACAAAACGUGAAAGUCAUUCCACCAUUCAAAGCUGUGUGUAAAGUUUUAAUAAUGAACAAAAUUAAUAGCUACAAUACAAUUAAGCCAAACGGUGCACAUAUGUUUAUAACUGAUUUAAUUCAUGAAGAAUUAGAUGAUGAAUUUAAAGUAAAAGCUUUAUUGACCGCAGUGAAUCUACUUACUGAAUUUAAAAACCAGUUUCAAGAAUUAGAAGCAAUAUAUUCAAUAUUUGAGCACAUUCUUCAACUAUUAAAAAUAAACAAAUUCAAACAAUAUUCAUUAAAUGUAAAAAAUCAUAUAAAAGAAUUGUAUAAGGAACUUGAACUUUUACAAACUAAGAAAUUGGAGUACAUGGUGCUUGAGAAGAAAAGACCGAAACCUUUAAGGACAUAUGAGCCAAAAAUAAUAACAGUAUAUGAUGGAAAGCAACAUAAAUCAAUGUUGAAGGAAAAAGCAGAAAGAGAAAAAUUGUUGCAUAAGUAUAAGAGGGAAUUUAAGGGCGCAGUUCGUGAAAUAAAAAGAGAUCGUGACUUUUUAGUCAAAGUACAAAUUGCAAAACAGAUUAAGAAUGAUGCUGAACGCAAACGUAAAGUAAACGAAAUUUUCAGAGAGGCAGCAAUACAGCAAAAUGAAUUUAAAAAAAUUAAGAAGAAAUAAAAAAUGAGUACAAAUAUGAUACAAAAUUUGAUAUGCUAAUAGUUUUACUUCUUAUAUUUACCAUUUUUAAUAAGAAAUUCUUUGAUCAUUCUGAGUAUAAAUUUUUU